GAAUUCUUCUAUGGCAUCCCUGUAAAAAAACAACAACUUUUGGAACUUUAUUUUAUUUAAGAUUUCACAACAGAACAGACUUCUGACCCACCAUUUGAGCGUUACUGGUCUAUGGUCUGUCCUCAUACAGAUAGCUGGCUAAAUUUGUGCGUUUCUGUGACUGGAUGUGUGUGUUGACAACUUUUCAGUCAGCUGUUUAAACUUCUUCAAUCUUCAAUCUUCAUUUCUCUCCCUCGCUCAGUCUUUCUCUGUCCCUCUCACUAACAAAAGCAAAACUAAGAGUUCCCUUACUCAUUUAUUACGCACUUCUUUGUUUUCUUAUUGUCCCGUCGCCUCCGCAUCAGUUUCUACAGCCGCGCACAUUCUUUUCUCCUCCUUCCGGAGCACUUACGCCAAUUUCUGGCUUGACAUAAUCUGAAAUGGUGCUUAAGUGAAUUUAUGUUGUGCUCAGUGCAUUAACUUCUGCCGUUUUUGCCUUUAUGUUACGGAGAGCUUUUGUGCAAGCGCACGGAGGAAACGAGAAUUUGAAACCCAGACCACGGACUAGACAGCCUAUCAGUAUUCAGCAGAGAAAGUGAGUGAUGGAGAGAGAGAAACGGAGGAAAGAAAAGAGGAGGGGGUGAUGUAUCAAUAUUCUGAGUAGUGUGUGUGAGGGCAAGAAGAACGAACCGGGAAGGGGUGGGGGAGAGGGGCGCGGGUGCGCGAAACAGUUCGAGCAGGUUUAUUCGCUUAGUGUUUGUUAGUGCGAGCCCGUUGGGGCGAGAUGAUAUCGGUAGAGCAGUUACCUUGAGGACGGGAACUCAAGUGUGUGUUUGUCUGAGAGAAGUGGCGUUCAAGUCGAAUGUGACGGAAUCUUAGCCGAGCGCUAGCCAUAACUCCACUCUCCCUCUCUCUCUUUUUACUCUGUGUGCUAAUCAGCAUUUGAAAGGCAGCUUUGACAGUGAGAAAGAAAAGUGAGGGCAGUGGGGAGGAGGGAGUGUAAACGAGAAAGGAACGAGAGAGAGAGAGAAGUAGGGGCCGUACAAGCAUUUCUUUUAUAUUUACCAGCGAUUGAGGAGAGAGAGAGAGAGGGGGAGCGAUAGAAGAGACGACCGGUGCGUGCAGCUUUCCCAAGAGGAAAUGAAAAGAAAAGAAGCUCAACGAGGAAAGAGAGAGAGCCAAAGCGGGGAGCACGCCAGAGAAGGAAACAGACCCGCAUCCUCUAACUCCAGUCAUAUCUGAGACGAUCCCGGUCGGAAAGUGAGGGAGGAGAGAGAGAGCGCAAACACACACACACACACAAACACGCUCUUGCGGCAGCAGACCGCUUGUGUUCGCCUGCUCUUUUGUGCCAGCAGCUGGGAUUGUUCUUGGCCCCGUGUGACCCCCUUGUCACCCCCCGAGUGAGUGUUUGUAUGUGUGUGUGGGAGUGCGAGGGGUCCCGGAACGUGGACUGAGCGAGCGGAGGGGAGGGUCACGGUUCGGACGGGUCCGAGACAACUCAAGAAGAAGAAGAAGAGGAGGAGGAGGGAUACAUCUGCCCUCGAAACAGCUGCUCAGAGGUGGACAUGCACAUCAGCUCUUCUGUUGGGGGUCUCGGACUGACAUAGCCUCGGCCAAUCAUAGCCUGAGUUAGAGGUGGCGGCCCAUAGGGGGCGUGAUGGCGGCCAUGCCGUUCGUCAGCGAGGGGAAGUGUGUGAGUGUGGAGUGGGAUUUCUUACAGGGACUACUCGCCAAACCACCCACCUUACCCUGCUUGCAGAAUUUGAGGAAGGAGAAGUCUCGCAAUGCAGCUCGUUCUCGGCGGGGUAAAGAGAACUUCGAGUUCUUUGAGCUGGCGAAGAUGCUUCCUCUCCCCGGGGCGAUUACCAGCCAGCUGGACAAGGCCUCCAUCAUCCGCCUCACCAUCAGUUACCUGCACAUGAGACACUUUGCCAGCCAGGGAGACCCACCCUGGAGCCCUCUAAUGGAGGGAGAGAACAACUGCAACAAGGUACGAAGAACAAGUCAUUCGUUGGUCACUGACUUAUUUGAACAGCACAUGGGAGCUCAUCUACUACAGUCUCUGGAUGGAUUUGUGUUCGUGGUCAGUCAAGAAGGCAGAUUUCUGUAUAUCUCAGAGACUGUGUCCAUCUACCUUGGCCUUUCACAGGUGGAGUUGACUGGCAGUAGCGUGUUCGAUUACAUCCACCCUGCGGAUCAUGUCGAGAUGGCAGAGCGUCUUGGCAUUAGGCCACACCUCCGAGCCGAGGCAGGCUGUCAGACGUCCCAUGAGAGUGCUUCAAGCUCCGCCUCCGCUUCCUCACUGGCUGGCACUCCAGAACCAGCUCCAUCCAGCCCCUGUUCUCCAGUUAGAGAGUUUUCAGAACGUGGCUUCUUCAUCCGGAUGAAAUCCACCCUCACCAAGCGUGGCCUCCAUGUUAAAUCCUCAGGCUAUAAAGUGAUUCAUGUGACAGGUCGGAUUCGGUGUCGGCCAGCCCUGGUGCCAGGCUCCGCCCGCCCCUUGCAUCGGCCAAUGGGAUUGGUUGCCCUGGCGCACACGCUUCCGCCCUCCACGCUGAAUGAGGUGCGCAUGGAAAGCAACAUGUUUGUCUUCCGCGUCAACAUGGACCUGCAGAUCAGCUACUGCGAGAACAGGAUUUCAGAGUAUAUGGACCUGAGCCCAGCUGAGGUGGUUGGCCAAACCUGCUACAACUUUAUCCAUGCGGAAGACCUGGACACCAUCAGACUGAGCCAUGAAGACUUGCUGCGGAAAGGGCAGGUUGUGACGGGGUAUUAUCGGUGGCUGCAGAAGAGAGGAGGGUAUCUGUGGAUUCAGUCCUGUGCCACCGUGUCCAUUAACCACAAAGCGCCCCAUGAGCGUAACGUCAUCUGGGUCAACUAUGUUCUCAGUCGAACAGAGCUGGCAGACAUGCCUCUGGACUUAUCACAACUCCCAGAAAGCCUGAGGGCAGAACGGCUUCAAGCGAGCUCCUCCCCACGUGACACCUCUCCAAAGGCACAAGGCUCCACGGCGACACAGCCAUUGAAAGGCAGGGCCGAGACAGACCACAAAGGGAAGGAACCCUUUUCGCACACUGCUGCCAGCCAAUCGGAGAACACCAGGAAGAGAUCGCACCAGUCUGACCCUGAAAGUGGUCCACCCGAGGUAAGGAGGCGGAUUGAAGUGUUUCGUCAGAGAGAAGACAGCCCGUGUACCUCCUCGGACCAAGCCAGCGACAGCGAGGUGGAAGAGGACGAUGAGAGAGUGAGCGAGUGGGACCACAACCCCUCCAGCAAACGGGUGAAGAGCGAAGACAACAAACAAGGCAAUGGGGCCAACGGAGCAGGAAAGAUCCACAACGGCCGCGCUGUGAUCCAGCAUCUUAAGAGCGUGGUGACCAGUUCUGGGUCCAAUAUUAAGACUGAACAAGAAGUGAUAGGAACAACUCUUGGUGCAGGUUCUGGGAGGCGCUGGAGCCAACCUCAGCACAGUGGUGUAGGAACCAAUGGCAGCAGUCCACCUUCCCAACCUCCAACAGAAGCUCCACCCAAGGGUCUGUUCAACCCCCCGUCCCCGACUCUGUCUCCACCCAUCUUAGCCUCGUCCCUGCCGAGAGAUGAACGGUCCAUCCACGGGGGGCGCGCUCCAGACUUCGAGCUCCUGCAGAGACUGACUGCGAGUGGGGCUGCGGGACGUGUGCUCUUUCACCCCCUGGCUCUUGGCCCACAGGGGCCUCAGAGUCUCUACGCUCCCAGCACCAUCCGCUACGCCCCACCUGAGAUGCCCACAGCUCACGCUGACGGGCACCACUCGGACCACGUGGUCAAAACUCCCGCUUUCUUUCCACACCUGCAGAGGAUCGCGUCUCUGCCUCCUUUUAGCGGCUUUUCUCCAGCCGAACCCACCUUUCCUCCAUCUCUGCCCUUCUGUAUGAACGGACUGAGGGGGGCGGCAGGGACAGAUGAGGAUUGAGGGAGAAAGACAUAUGUAAAGGAGAGGCGGAAGAGAUUGUAAAGGACGGCACAACAUUGAGAGAGGAACUACAGAAGAACUUGAGGUUGGUCAACAGUCUUCCCAGUAUCCUCUCCGGACUUUCCUGUUACUUUGUUAGUGUGUCUUCCUCUCUCUGGACAAGCAGUCAAAGCCAUACCGAACAUAUGAAGGACAUCAUGCAACUUCAUCAUCGUUGACGCCCGAACCAUUGGGAAUAUACAGGACCGUCAUUGGGUAGGAGGCUCUUUGAUUAGAAACGCGCGUUGCUUGUACUACUAACCUUUUUGGCCCCCAGGACAUGGGCCCACCUAUAUAUAUAUUUUCCAAGUCCCAAUGAAUUUAAGAAACCACACAGGAAUAUGCAAGUAUGGACUAGAGUAGCAUGGCGGAAAUUCCCAAAUAAGACAUUCCUAAGGAAAUACAUAAGAAAGCACAGUGCACAGGUCCUUGACUGACAGAGGGAUCGCAGUGAAAAUAAAGAUUAGAAAUUUUGAACAGUGUAGAAUUUUCAUUUUUGUAAAAAAAGAAAAGAAAAGAAUUGUCUUUAAACAUCUAAAAAGAAAAUGAUACAUUCAAGGUCAUAGCCAUAUGUAGACAACACCGAGUUGAAAGACUUCAUACGUGCAAAGGCCCCAAAAGAUGUUUUUUUUUUUCUUUUCCCACAAGUCAUGAGCAAAUAUCAUGGCCUAAUCUUCCUAUAAGAAAUUUGGGGGCUUUUGGGGGGGUUGUGGGCGGGGUGGUGUGGUUAAGUGUGUCUGUUUGUCAUGUAUCAUGUCCAAGCACUUAUAGUAUAUUGUUGCAUACAUGUAGCACUUCAUCCAUGGCCAGACAUUCUAAUUCUAAAACCACAGGUAUUACGUUUACAGCUUUUGUGGCAGAAAUGUGAAAAUUUUGGCAAAAUGUGAAGAUUCUGGGAACCGAAGUGUGUAGAACAUUGCCUGUUAUAUAAAGGUGUAAUGUUUUAUUUAAAAAAAAAUAAAAUGCUAAUUGGAAGAAUAUCACAAACCUUAUUAAACCCAAGUCACAUUUCACUCAAAAAAAAAAAAAGAAAUUAUAUUUUGCUUGACAUGAUUUUGUGACAUUAUUUUCAUAUGAAUUAAGCAUAUUCUCUCCAAAUUCUCAUUACUGUAGGGCAAUAAAAAGUAUGUUCUUUUGACUGUAAUACAGUAAAAAUUAGUAUUACAGUGAUGAUAAUCUAAUGAAAAUCACCAAUGAGAAUAAUGGAAAUUACAAAAAAAAAAAAAAAAUAUAUAUAUAUAUAUAUAUAUAUAUAUAUAGCAUUGCACGUUGAAAAUUUGGCAAAAUUUUAAUUUCCUCUGGUCAUUUUGACCCCAAACUCAUUUAAAAAAUGUUUUUACAAUUGAGUGUUCAUUGGAGGGAUAGACAUGUUGUUUGUGAGUUGAGAGUUUGUGGUUGUAACAAAAAAAAAAAAAAAGAGUAAUAAAUCCUUCCCUCGCAGGUCAAUUCGAACCCCUUAGGAAUGAAUGGAAUGCGAGGAAUGCUCAAGUAUACAUAGAAAAACCUAAAAAAUGCUCAAAAUUAAAACUACAAAUGCUAAAACUUUUCCAAAAAUGAUGUAAUAAUGUCUACAUUUGAAAGCAUGUUGAAGGGAUACCCUCAAGCACUGACUUUAGGACCCAGCGGAAUAGCUCAUUUGCUCCAUAUAGUGAUAUGGUGAAAUAUCAUGUUAUAUAUAUAUAUUUUUUUUUUUUUUUUUUUUGGUCAGCAAAGACACCAAAAUUGACCAAAUGUGAGAUAUUUUGAGCUGAUCUGAGUUGAAAAGAAUGCGAAGAAUGUACUUAAAUUUUUUAUUUAUUGAUAAAAACCUAAUUUAAAGGUACACAAAAUAAAAAAAUCUCCCAAAAACAAUUAUUUAAAAAAUAAAAUAUAUUUAAAAAAAAAGUAUCAUUUUAGCACUUCGGGUCAUUUUGACCCGUGGGGGAAGGAUUUGUUACAGAAUGCGCGGAUAGGAUAAUACCGCAAGGAACGUGUUCCUAAAAAUAGGCUUUGUAAUAAAACCUAAUGAAAUAUGCUAAUUUUCUUUUUGCAAAAUAUAAUUUAAUUUUUUUGUCUUUUGAGUUUGGGAUUAAAUGUGACCUGGACAUUGUAGGAUUUUCCCGUCUAUGUAAAGCUGAGGCACAGGAGCUCUGUUCCUUAAUCUAGUAGCAUAGCAAUGCAUCUUACAGCAUGUUUCCAUAGACAGUAAAACUAAGAAACCUUAUUUUGAACAGAUUCUAAGAUAGCAUCUCAUUUCAUUUUCAAUAUUUGUGCAUACAGUAUAUACUGUAUGUACCCAUUAAAGUACUGUUAGCAACAUGCUCACUAGAUUAUGGAACAGAGUCAGGGUGCCAAACACCAAGGUCUAUGUAAUUCACAGGCAUAAUUAUUAAAAUAUCCUAAUUUGUCAAAAAAAAAA